GUUACUGGGCAGAUUGGUUGGCGUCGAGAAGGCAUUAAGUAUCGCCGUAAUGAGCUCUUCCUUGAUGUUAUUGAAUAUGUGAACCUUCUUAUGUCUCCUCAAGGCCAAGUAUUAUCAGCCCAUGUAGCUGGUAAGGUUGUGAUGAAGAGUUACCUUUCGGGGAUGCCAGAGUGCAAGUUUGGAAUCAACGAUAAGAUUGUGAUGGAUGCCAAGAGAGGUUCUGCUGAUGAAACUCAGCGGUCAGCAAAGACAAGCAUUGCCAUCGAUGACUGCCAGUUCCACCAGUGUGUCAAACUUUCAAAGUUUGAAACUGAACACUCUAUUUCAUUCAUUCCACCUGAUGGUGAAUUUGAACUCAUGAGGUACCGUACAACGAAGGACAUCUCUCUGCCAUUCCGUGUGAUUCCCUUGGUCCGGGAGGUUGGUCGUACUAAAAUGGAAGUCAAAGUUGUUAUUAAGAGCAAUUUCAAGCCUUCACUUCUUGCUCAGAAAAUUGAGGUGCGAAUCCCUACACCACUGAACACCUCUGGAGUCCAACUGAUCUGCAUGAAGGGGAAGGCCAAGUACAAGGCUUCUGAAAAUGCCAUUGUGUGGAAGAUUAAGCGUAUGGGAGGCAUGAAGGAAUCUCAGAUAUCGGCUGAAAUUGAACUCUUGCAAACAGAUACUAAGAAGAAAUGGACUCGGCCUCCAAUUUCCAUGAACUUUGAGGUACCAUUUGCCCCAUCUGGCUUCAAGGUCCGCUACUUGAAGGUGUUUGAGUCGAAGCUCAACUAUUCUGACCAUGACGUAAUCAAAUGGGUUCGCUACAUCGGCCGUUCGGGACUCUACGAGACCAGAUGUUAACCCUGAAACUCUUAAAAAAAAUUCAAAUGAUGUAUGGCUCUGUAGGCCCAACAGGAGUAUCACAGUUUGGGUAAUAAUUUCAGGUAGCCUGCAAAAUAUUGUUACAGUUUAUUGGAGUACAGUACUGUGAAGAUGUUAGAUGUACAUUAUUAUUAUCAGAUAUAGGCAAGUUAAUUAUAAGAAAUAGUGAAGGAAUAUAUUUGUUUGGAGAGGGUAUAAGAUGGAUUUUUUUCUCAGACUACAACUCUCACUUGUUAGGUAAAAUAUUGUAACAUUCCCCAUACAAAAGUGACCUUUUACGUCACUUAGACUUGCUUCCGAUAUUUUGCCCCAGUUACGUAGCAGAUAGUUAAUGAUAGCUCAGAUGUGUUCAGUGGAUGAGAUUAUUUUAUUUAGAAAUAUUUGUUGUUGAUUUUUCCUUGGCUUGUAUAUACCCUUAUAUUUAUAUUUUUGAGGUUUGAUUAGUCAUUUACUUUAAGGAAUCCAGGUCCGUUUUUUUUUUUUUCUAUCAUGACCACAGACACGUGACUUUUACAUAGGCUGACAUUCCUUGUUUGUAAGUGUUGUGUGUUGUCUCCGUUGCCUUUUUAGCUUUUGAAGAGGGAAAAAAGACCAGUAAAUUAUGGUAAAGGAUACAGUUACUUGCCUGCUGUUGUCUUUGUUUGUAGGAAGUGUGGGUAUUUGUAAUUCAAGGGAUAAUAAUGUCUGUGGGCAUUUUUGACGAAGAGUAAGUAUUCCAACCGAACAAAAAAAAAAUAUCUCGAUUAAAGACGUUUUCCUAAGCUAAAAGUGGAUUUAAUGUAGUAUAUCUUGUUAUAAAUAGAAGAAAAGAAAUAGAAAGAAAUUGUAAGCAUUUGCUUAUAUUCUGCUAACAGUGUCAGCAGCCACAUUUGCUACAUUGUCAGCAGCAGCGUCUGCUUACAAUGUUAGCAGCAACAUCAUACAGUAUUUGGUCAGUCAUAAGGUGUAUUAUAACUGUUGAACUGCAUGACUUCAGCUUUCUAACUCAUUUCAGAUGACUGCUGCUCCCAAUUCCUUUUUUUUUUUUUUUUUUUACUAUUUAUAUAUAUAAUAUAUAUAUAUCAUCAUAGACUGAAGGUGGUAUUGAACAUGGCAAAGACUCAUUUAUACAUGUUCUGUACUAUUACAUUUAUUAAUUCCUUGGAAAUAGUACAUAUGUGGCUUGAUUAAGUUAACGUAAGAGUACCAUUUUUAUUAGAAAUGUUCUUUUAAUUCAAUUAUAAAUGCCCUUUAUUCGACUUAAAUAAAAAUAGACCUAAAAAUAACAUAAAAAUAGACCUAAAAAUAACUUGUUGGUGAAAUGAGGUUAGCCAUUUUGCGUGUUGUAACCUUUAAGGCUAGAAAUUGCUAAGACUUUCUAAGCAAACAUUUAUAUAUUCAGAAUAAUUUUGGUUAUUGCUGUGUUCUUACCAUCAGAUGUUAAAUACAUCUUGAUUUUGUGCACCUUGAAUAAGCUCGUUCUUGAUGGACAAUUGGCUUUGGCAUGAUUUUGAGACAGCUUUGACAUAACCCUACCAUGAGGUUUGAAGUGGAUAUAUACUUGUAUAUUCAUGACCCCUUUCCCUAUUUCCCAUACAAUUAACCUCUUCCCAUUUGUGGCCAGGCAUUUUCUUUUGGGGUAUACAGUAUUUCUUUUUAAUAUUCUUUCAUAUUAAUACGGUACUGUUUGGGUUUAGUUUAGCUUAACAUAUGGUCUUUAUAUAUAUAAUAAAUAUGCUGGUGCUUGUUCAUUUGUUUGGUGAAGUUGCAGUUAUGCAAAAAAUACAUUUUCCAAUUCUUUUGCAAUUUGCUGCAGUGCUCAUUUUGAAUACUUUUCUUUAAAUAUAUUGUAUGAACAAGACUUCAAGAAUCUACUGCAAUCAUAUAUCUCAUAAAGGAACAGCAUCUAGUGUUAUAGUUGGGAGUACAGUACUAUUGGGAAACUAUCUCAAUUAGCUCUUUAGUUGUAGAAAUACUAAAAUGAUACGGCCUACCAAUGAAUUCUUUCUCUCAGUGGAUAUAGUUGAAAGAGCCUUGUCUUAAAUAAACAUUUUGAGUUGCAUGGUUCCUGCCUGGUGAGCAUGAAUUUUGCGGUUGAGUUUCGAUCGGCCGAUGUUGUGCACCAAUUUGAUGACGUCGUGGUCACUUACUGGAUGAUGAUGAUGAUGAGUUUUGCGAUUGCAGUACAGUAUUACCCCAAUGUCCCAGUACCUCAUUGUGGGUUUACACAACCUGCUCUGACUAAUGCAAAGAUGUGUGACCGUCCAUCUCUGGUUGCUGCUGCUGUGUUUGUUUGACCAUAGAUGAACAAAAUAAUGUACUCAUAAAUGUU